GUGUGUGCCAUUGUAGCGGUUAAGCAUACGCCGCGUUGUCGAGGCGGCUGAAAGCGAGUUUUCCUUAUUGGUUGCUGUCAUUGCUGUGUUUAGUCUUCUGAAGACAGCCCAACAGCGUAAUUGUGCAAAGUUUUGUGAACUACAUUUACAAGCAUUACUAUAUUAAAUAUUAAGCAAAUAGUAAUUAAUUUUUUAACUCUUCAAAGUCAACAUUGUCACAAAAGAUUUAAACAUGUCUUCCCGUCCACUCUUUAACAAAUUGAUGUCCAAAGCCAUGCUGCGCCAGUUGGUAGUGCGACCGAACCCGAUGGUAAUGCGCACACAGUUACAACACAGCCUCAAACCCAGAACCCCUCUGAAUAAACCAUCGUUGUUCAGUCCGACGAUUAUUAAGCGUUACUGGGAGUUAUCACCACUUUUUAUCAUAGUUGGUGGAGCAGUUUUGGGUCUAUUUUAUGCGAUUGUGCGAAAUGGUCUGUCACGUGAUGAUGUGCGUUUCUAUUCGAGUGGUAAAAUGAAUUGCGAGGACGUGGAAAAGUCCGGACCAAGAAAGUUUCUGGUAUAUAAUCAAAAAUACAAAGUACCCGAAGGUUUAAGGGAAGCACUUGCCGCCAUUGAGGAGCCUGCGGAAGACGUGGCAAAGAAGUCAAAGUAAAAAUUGUCGACGGCUUUUUAUAAUAGAAGAGUACUGGAAUAUUGUACAAUACAAAAAUUAUAAAAACUAAUUAAUGUUAAGCGUUUACAAUUGCAAGCGGACUGUUUGAGUUAUAGUUUAAGCGAACAGUGAAAUUGAGUCUUAUGAAAGAAAUUAUCCAAAUUUUGUAUUGGUUUUGUCUCAGCAAAAUGUUAUGCAGAACACGAACGUUUUAGUAUAUAUUGUAAAAGUAUUUAUGCAAAUUUUUAAUAUAUGUACAAGUAUGUAAUUUUUUCUAUUUAUUAAGCCUAUAUUAGUUUGAUUGUAUGCCUAUGCACCUAUUUAUCUAUGUGGUAAAUAAAGAAAAGAGUUUUACGUAUGUGUACUUUAAAAUAUAUUUAAACAAUUUUGAAACUCAUUCACAUCAAAAUAACUUUUUGGAAUUAAAACAAUUCAAUGUACAAACUUUCUUUUGUCAACAGAAAUAACCGUUGUUUUAACACUUAUUAGUUCUGAAAAGGCACUAACAAAAAUUGUAAUAGCUUAUAUAAAUAAAAAUAAAGCUUCUAUAUAACAA